CAUCCUGGUGGUCGUCCUGAUAAUCCAGUUUGGGGGUAUUUUACUAAAGGUGCAAGAACAGGAAAAGGAAGAUAUAAUGCAAUUUAUAAUUUUUGUGCAAAAUUUUGGAAUCGUGGUGAACCAAUUAAACUAGAAAGUCAUUUAGCAAAUCAUUGUACAAAGGCAGAUUCAAGCACUAUUAGACAUUUUCUUACUAAAAUUCUUUCUGAUAAUUCUGAAAAAAAUAAAUCUAAUAAAAAAAGAAAAAGCAAUACUUAUGGAAAGCUUGAUCAAUAUGUUAGUAUAAUAGAAUUAGAUCAACAAAAAAUUAAAAGAAUUCAUCAUGCUUGGGCUAGAGCUUUUGCUAUUUGUGGAAUUUCUUGGAAUAUUAUUGAAAAUCCUUUUUUUAUUGAAGCUUUAAAAGAAACAAACUUAUCUUAUAAGCCACCAACACAAUUAAGAUUAUUAAUAGAACAAAUGAAUAUUACUGGUGGAAGUCUUAAAAAUUAUUCUAAAACUAGAUGGACAACUGCAAGUGAAACUAUUGAAAGUGUUUUAAAUUUAGAAAAAGUUUUAAAAAAG